AUGCUUCCUCUAAGUCUUCUGGUUGGCGUUACUGUCUGCACCCUUUUCUUUCGAUGCUCUCUAUGCGUUGAUCCGCAGUACGAAUAUUGCAAAAGCAAUCAAACAUGUGGGAGCAAAAGCUUCACGUUUCCUUUCGGCGUAGGAAAUGGCAGUUGUGGCCUCCCAAGCUUUGAGAUCGACUGUGUGCAGGAGGUACGUCCAGUAAUUGGAAUAGGGAACACCAACUACACAAUAUUACAGGUUUUCUUUGACAAUCGGACAUUUAUGCUAACAAAUGACAAGAUUUUCCAAGAUUGCACAUCUUCUUAUCUGAUCGAUUCAACCUGGGACUCGGGCAACAAAAUCUUUAAUAUCAUCAACGUGAGCAACGCAAGUGAAGAAGUUUAUAUGUGUGGUGAGAAAUGUGUAUCAUAUCCACCAGAAUAUCUGAAUCUCUCAUGUUCCCCCAGAAUGGUGCACGUUGCAGCAGCAACAGUGCAAUGGAUUUAUCCCCAAGAACGAGAGCAUACUUGUAGAGGUUGUGAAAAAAGUAAGGGCUUUUGUGGGUAUAAAACUCCUCAGUUAGGGGACUUCUUAUGCUUUUGCCAGGAUGGACCUCAUUCAAAGCACUGCCCCAAAGGCAAAAGAGGAGUUGUAAUAGGUGUUGCUAGUGGAGCGGCAGGCUUGUUGAUAUCUGCAGCAGUGGUCGUACUUUAUUAUCGGAACUCAAGGCCUUCUUCCGAGGUGGAGCAAUUCCUUCAUGAUUAUGUUGAUGAAAUGCCAAGCAGGUAUUCAUAUUCUCAACUGAAGAAGAUCACCAACAAUUUUACAGAUAAAUUGGGUGAAGGCGCUUUUGGUGUGGUUUACAAAGGAAAGCUUUCUAGCGGUACUAUGGUGGCUGUAAAAAUUCUGGAUCACUCGAGACACAGUGAGAGCCAGUUCAUGAACGAAGUUGCAACCGUCGGAAGGAUCCAUCACGUUAAUUUGGUUCGACUGAUGGGCUAUUGCUUCGAAGAAGCUAGAAGAGCACUUGUCUAUGAGUACGUGGUGAAUGGGUCUCUGGAAAAGUUUAUAUUUGUAGAAAAAGGAAAAGAACAGAUGCUCAAUUGGGACCAGUUGUAUUCAAUUGCUUUGGGCGCAGCUCGUGGGAUUGCGUAUCUACACCAAGACUGCAACAGAUGCAUCAUCCAUUUCGAUAUUAAGCCUCACAAUAUACUCUUGGAUGCGGAUUUCAUACCCAAAGUAGCUGAUUUCGGUCUGGCUAAACUUUGUGGGAAGGGGGACAAUCACAUAUCACUCACCAAAACCAGAGGAACCCCAGGGUACGUUGCCCCAGAGCUUUGGUACAGAAAUUUGGGUCCUGUAACGGACAAAUCAGAUGUUUACAGUUUUGGAAUAGUGUUAUUGGAGAUGGUUGGAGGAAGGAAGAAUAUUAAUUUGCAGGCAAGCCGGUCCAGUCAAAUUUAUUUUCCAGAGUGGACAUUCAAGUUGAUAGAAAAUGGGGAGUUAGAGAAGAGGGUAAGAGAAGUUUCAAGAGAGAGAGGAUGCAUAGACGAUGAGAAAGCAAUACGGCUAACAAAAGUGGGAUUGUGGUGCAUCCAACACAAUUCUGCAAACCGGCCAGCGAUGAGAAGCGUGGUUCAAAUGUUGGAAGGCAAUGGUGAUGAUGUGAGUAAUCCUCCCUUUCCUUUCGACUCUUCUCCUUCCCCGCUACCUCCAUUCCUGUCGCCUGAAUCUUUGGUCAUAGACUAG